UACUGUAUCAGCCGCCCCCAGUACAAGACGUCAUGUGGGAUAUCUUCAUUAGUUUCCUGCUGGAACUUUCUGUACAGCACACUGGGAGCAGGCAGGUAGGCAUUUUAUCAUUGUCUGUAGCUCUGAACCUGAGGCAAUGAGAUCACCGCUCGUUGGAGGAACAGACUACAUCUUUAAUACUUCUUAUAUUCGUAACACAAGAGAUAUGCACACACCAAGACAAAUGUUUCCACCACAUUAUAGCGUGUAGUACAUUUUAAUUAGUCAGAAAUAAGAGGAAUAACAGCUAUUUGAUUGUUAUGUGUGUAUUUUCAGUCUCCCACCCAUCUCCCAGGAGGGGGCUCUUCAGAUCCUAGGCUUCCAGCCUCCUUUUGAGGAGAUCAAGUUUGGUCCUUUUACAGGCAACGCUACUCUGAUGAGGUACAAUACUCAGAAAUACUCUGAUUUUUUUUUUACACUAGAAACAAGGUGCACAGCAAAUGGCUACAGAUCUUUUUUUUUUUCUUUUUUCUUUGUGAACAGAUGGUUCAGGCAAAUCAAUGACAAUUUCCGUGUCCGUGGAUGUUCCUAUAUUCUGUACAAACCCCACGGGAAACACAAGACAGCAGGAGAGACCGGUGAGUACGUCUUCACGGAAGUCUUCCUCUCUACUAACAAACUGGCUAUGAUGUAACAAGCUGGCCUCAGCUUGGAAUUACAAAGAGGUCAAGUGUGUUCAAAUGUCAGUCGAUCCAGCAAUUGUGGCUUGGGGCAGGCUUUGACUUUAGUUAGUUGUCCUCCGGGUUUUUCUGUUAUAUGAAGAAAUAGCUUUUGUUUGACAAUGAAACCGAAGAGAUUAAAAAAGCAUACAGUAGCACAGACUGUCCGCAUGAUUCUGUUUUUUACAUUUAGUGUAUUUUGAUUAUCUGUCCUCGCUGUUCCAGCUGAGGGGGCGUUGUUGAAGUUGACCCAGGGGUUAAGGGAUGACACCAUGGCCUACAUUUACCACUGUCAGAACCACUACUUCUGUCCUGUGGGCUUCGAGGCUACACCGUUCAAAGCAGCCAAGGCCUACAGGUACGUUUCUCUCAUAUCCAUAUUUACUUUCUAACAGGUCAGAUUCAUGUUGCCAAUUUACAAAUAAACAUUGUUUAGGCCUAACUGUGGAUGUAGUCGUUAAAUGUAAUUAUUUUUCGAUUACUAAUGAUUUUAUCACAUUGUCAACCACGUAACUCCUGCUGUCAACCACGUAACUCCUGCUGUCAACCACGUAACUCCUGCUGUCAACCACGUAACUCCUGCUGUCAACCACGUAACUCCUACUGUCAACCACGUAACUCCUGCUGUCAACCACGUAACUCCUGCUGUCAACCACGUAACUCCUGCUGUCAACCACGUAACUCCUGCUGUCAACCACGUAACUCCUGCUGUCACUAAGUUGUGCCAAAUGUUUGUUCUUGUUUACUUCUAAGGGGUACAUUACCAACUAAUGAAAUGGAACACUGGAUUCUGAUUGGUGAACCAAGCAGGAAACACCCUGCUAUUCACUGUAAAAAGUAUGUUACUUUCUGACUUCAAAUGCUUCAAAGAAAAUUAUAUAUAGUACUUUUUUUUGUACCAUGUUGUCUUGUUAGUUGAUUGCAUAAGUUGAUUACUUUUAUCACAUAAUUAUUUCUCACUUCUCUAACUUUGGUUGUUUUUAGGUGGGCUGAUAUUGUUACAGAUCUCAACACACAAAAUCCAGAAUACCUUGAUAUUCGCCACACGGAGAGGGGUAUUCAGUGCCGCAAAACCAAAAAGGUUUUAAUUUUAAUUUCAGUUUAUAAUUAUGUUAGUUAAGGGGACCAGUUAUGCUAACACGGGGAUGGGGAUGAGUAAGGCCCGCAACGUUCAGGCCCUACCCUGCCCAGGCCUGAUUGCUUCUGCCCGGUCCUCCCCGAAACCAGAAAUCCAUUCGCUGCUCCCCUCCCCGAAACCAGAAAUCCAUUAGCUGCUCCUCUGUCUGUCACUCGCUCCCGGUGCGCUGCACGCUCUCUGCUUAUGGUGGCUCUGAGUCUGUGAGUGACAAUAGCAACGGCUUCGCUUGGGCUGCUCUUCUCCAUGACGAGACGUGAGAGCUGUUAGCUACUUUUCAUCACUCUAAACUCUGACAAAAACAUUAGUAUUAUUAUCUGUGAAAUAACAUCUCCUGUCUUAUAUUUGGUUGAAGCACUUCUGGCACCAUGUUAUGAUCUUAGUCAGAUAUGACUGUACUGCGCAGCAGAGCACGAGCAAACGUCUCAGCUUCAAAAUGUUAGUGAUACCCGAGCCCUGCCGUACCCUAGUUAUGGAUGAAAAAUGAAACAGGCCCUAACCUAACCCAAUGUAGAAUGUCGGGGCCCGUCGGGCUCGGGUCAGGUAGCAGAGCUCAAGUAUGAGUUUCUGACGUGAACCUCUCCUCUUCUCAGUUUAUAGUUAUGUUAAAAUGAAAAAGUUGAAGGUACCAUUCUUGGGUCUGUACAGCGUUUCUGACGUGAACCUCUCCUCUCCUGGCAGGUGGGAGGGAACCUUCACUGCAUCAUGGCCUUCCAGAGGGUCAACUGGCAGAAGCUUGGCCCCUGGGCCCUCAACCUGGAGAACCUGAGGCAUGACCUCCACCACCAGGGGUCUGAGAGGGCCCAGGGGGGCUUAGCAGAGGCCCAGGAUGACAGGGAGAAGACCUCAGGAAAACACCAGGCUUUGGCCCGGCUAGGCCGCUCCAACAGCACAGGCACCAGUAACCAGAAGGACGUAGCUUGGAAAUGCCUGUCUAACACCACCGAGUACAGACACAGGAGCUCAGCUGAGAGCGAUCUCGAAGAAGAUACCACAGAUGACUGAGACUCAGUGAGAAGGCUGUGGAAUUAGUGCUGCUAAAAUAUGCUGGUUAGUAUAUCUAACAUUCUCAUGGUUUUCACCAAAAAAGAAAGCCAAAGUGUUCUUUUAUCCCAUCUAGCACACUUAUAGCAUCGUCAAGAUUCCCAUCAAGGAUUUUGCUGGAUUAUUCUGAUGGAAAGUCCGUACAACAUACAAGUUGAUACACUUUAGUGUGAAAACGAUGUUUAAUCAUCUAGCAAAUGUAUAGAGCGGCAGGUAGCUUAGUGGUU